UUGCAAGUUAGUUGUAAUAAAUCUCUAAAUCAUGUCUAAUUACCAUCAAAAAAAGAUUUACAUCUAUAUAUAUAUGAACCAUUAAAGAAGAGAACAUGAAACAACAAGAAUAUAGAGAGAAUGAGUCUACCAGAAGAUGUAAUCACAGAAAUCCUGUCAAGAACACCGGCAACAUCGCUCCUCCGGUUCAAAUGCGUCUGCAAAUCAUGGUGCAAGAUCAUCGACGAUCCCGCAUUCAUCCUCAAACACCACCAAACCAUCUCACGCUUGCCCGAAUCCGAGGUGGUGAUGAUCAGCCGCCGCAGCAACGCCACCAACAGGCGAGUCUUCUCGCUGCUGAGGAACCCCGGCGACGUCGUCGAUCUCGACCUCCCCACGUUGCUCAACGACAUGUUCGGCCACGUCCGCCUCGUCGGCCCAUGCAACGGCGUCGUCUGCCUCUACGGGUAUUAUGACAAUAUCGAGCUCUGGAAUCCGGCCAUCCGGUGCUUUAAGAAGAUUCUGUCGUCGGAGCUGCCACGCCCCCCGAAUUCUAAGAUUCGGGGAGGCGAUCUCGGCCUCGGGUUUGACCCUAACACCCAAGAUAUCAAGGUAUUGCAGAUUCUAUAUUGUGUUUCAAUGAAUUCCCAAAUUGCUUAUCAAGUUGAAAUAUACUCAUCAAGAAAGAACUCUUGGAAGAAAUUGGGAACUCAUGUGCCAGCAAAUAUCAUGUGCUAUAAUCUAUGGAGCAUGGUGUACAAAAAUCAAAAUUUUUGUUGGUGGGCCCAAGAUAAAAAUAAUGUUGAGGUGAUUCUUUCAUUUAAUAUGGUUGAUGAGGUCUUCGAAACGACCGAAUUGCCCUCCGAUGUCGAGCCACUCGGAGGGCAGCAUAGGACUACUAGGGCUAUCGUGCCACUAAAAGAGUCGCUCGUUUUGAUCGUGUAUCGACAGAGGGAAGAUGACAAGGUUUUUGAUAUGUGGAUAUUGAACGAGGUCGGAGGAGGAGGAGGAGAUGAGGCUUGGAGUAAGUUGAUGAGCAUUGGCCCGAUCCCCGGAGUCGAGAAGGUGCUCGGGUUCUGGAAUACGUACGAGUGCAUUCUCGAGAGUGGGACGGGGGAGAUGGUUCUAUAUAACCGCGUUACUCGGGAAACGAAGAAUCUUGGGAUAUAUGGUAAGCGGAGUAAGUUGGAGGUUAUUGUUAUGACAGAGAGCUUGUUUUCGAUGGAUUAAGUCAUAAGAGGAAUCUUCUGGUGUGGAUAAAAAAGAUUUUAGAUGUUGUGUAGUAGACUUAACAUAGAAAAUGUUACUAGUAGAAUUCAACCUAUUGAUGAUCUUCGUCUCCGAAAUUCACUCACCUAUUCUAUCUAAUUUUGUGUAUAUAUAUAAGCUUUAACAAAAUGUUAACUUAGGGUAUCAUGUUGUAUACAUACCAUAAACACUACAAAUCCACUUGGCGUGACGAUCCCAUGCCCGGUCCGAAGCCAUAUUCUACGGGCGGAAGGCGACGGCCCAAGUGACCGAGCCAUAUUUUAUGGUAGCGUAACUACUUGAUAGGUUAUGAUUUAGAGGGAACAUCUUUUUUGGUCCACGAACUUU